CCCGUCCGGGCCGUCCCGGCGGCGGGGCCGGGGCCGCUCGGCGCGGGCCGGGGCGGCCCCGGACACGGACACGGGCACGGCGCGGGGCGGGCCGGGGCGGAGCGCGGCGGCACGGACCGAAAUUGCUCGGCUCGGCACGGCAGGAUACGAUACGGCACUGCACGGCUCGGCACGGCUCAGUCCGGUACGGCACUGCAGAACUUGGGCCACGCUGCCAUGGGAGGCUGCGGCACAUGGGCAUGGCCGGAGCUGCUGGUGCUGCUGGGCAGCUCCUGGCUGUGGGUGGGCAGUGCCCAGCCCACCCCCCCGGGCCCCACACACGCCCCCGGGCCCCAGCUGAGGUUCCGCCUGGCCGGUUACCCCCGCAAGCACAACGAGGGCCGCGUCGAGGUCUUCUACAACGACGAGUGGGGAACCAUCUGCGAUGACGACUUCACGCUGGGCAACGCGCACGUGCUGUGCCGGCACCUCGGCUUCGUGGCUGCCACCGGCUGGGCACACAGCGCCAAGUACGGCAAAGGAGUCGGGCGGAUCUGGCUGGACAAUGUGAACUGUGCCGGAAGCGAGAAGAGCAUCGGGGACUGCAAACACCGGGGCUGGGGGAACAGCGACUGCAGCCAUGAGGAAGAUGCAGGUGUUGUCUGCAAGGAUGAACGCAUUCCAGGCUUCAAGGACUCCAACGUCAUCGAGACCGAGCAGAGCCACGUGGAGGAGGUGCGGCUGCGGCCGGUGGUGUCCGGGGGGCGGCGGCAGCUGCCGGUGACAGAGGGCAUCGUGGAGGUGCGCUACAAGGACAGCUGGGCACAGAUCUGCGACCAGGGCUGGGACAGCCACAACAGCCGUGUCAUCUGUGGCAUGAUGGGCUUCCCAGCAGAGAAGAAAGUCAACAGGAACUUCUACAAGCUGUUCACGGAGCGGCAGCAGCUCAACUACCGCCUGCACUCGGUGUCCUGCACGGGGACAGAGGUGCACCUGUCCAUGUGCUCCUUUGAGUUCUACCGGGGGAACUCCUCAGCAGCCUGCGGGGCCGGCAUGCCCGCCGUGGUCAGCUGCGUGCCCGGGCCCCUCUUCGCCACUGGCAAUGCCCACAAGAAGAAGCAGCGUCAGCAGCAGCAGCAGCAGGGCCAGCCCCGGAUCCGGCUGAAGGGCGGUGCAAGGAUCGGUGAGGGCCGUGUUGAGGUGCUCAAGAGCAGCGAGUGGGGCACGAUCUGCGACGAUCGCUGGAACCUGCAGUCGGCCAGCGUCGUGUGCCGCGAGCUGGGCUUCGGCAGCGCCAAGGAGGCUCUCACCGGGGCACGCAUGGGGCAAGGGACGGGCCCCAUCCACCUGAACGAGGUGCAGUGCCGGGGCACCGAGAAGUCCCUGUGGAACUGCCCCUUCAGGAACAUCACACAGGAGGACUGCAAGCACACGGAGGACGCGGCUGUUCGCUGCAACAUCCCCUACAUGGGCUACGAAAACCUGAUUCGGCUGAGCGGGGGCCGGAGCCGCUUCGAGGGGCGGGUCGAGGUGGCGGUGGGGGCUGGCGACGGGGACCAGCCCCGCUGGGGUCUGGUCUGCGGCGAAGGCUGGGGUACGCUCGAGGCGAUGGUGGCCUGUCGCCAGCUGGGUCUGGGAUUCGCUAACCACGGCUUACAAAUCCGCCUGGCCGGCGGGAGGACGGAGUUUGAGGGCCGCGUGGAGGUGAAACGAGGCAGUAAGUGGGGCACGGUCUGCAGCGAUGGCUGGACCACCAAGGAGGCCAUGGUGGCCUGUCGUCAGCUCGGCCUGGGCUAUUCCCUGCACGCAGUGACGGAGACGUGGUACUGGGAUGCCAGCAACGUGACAGAGAUGGUCAUGAGCGGGGUGAAGUGCGCUGGCCACGAGAUGUCCCUGAGCCACUGCCAGCACCAUGGCGCCAGCCUGAGCUGCAGGAACACGGGCACACGCUUCGCUGCAGGCGUCAUCUGCUCCGAGACCGCCUCCGACCUGCUGCUGCACGCACCGCUGGUGCAGGAGACGGCGUACAUCGAGGACCGGCCGCUGCACAUGCUGUACUGCGCUGCUGAGGAAAACUGCCUGGCCAGCUCGGCCCGCCUGGCCAACUGGCCCUACGGACACCGCCGCCUGCUCCGCUUCUCCUCCCAGAUCCACAACCGCGGCCGCGCCGACUUCCGCCCCAAGGCCGGCCGCCAUUCCUGGGUCUGGCACGAGUGCCACCGGCACUACCACAGCAUGGACAUCUUCACCCACUACGACAUCCUGACUCCCAACGGCACCAAGGUGGCUGAGGGACACAAGGCCAGCUUCUGCCUGGAGGACACCGAGUGCGAGGAAGAUGUGGCCAAGAGGUACGAGUGUGCCAACUUUGGGGAGCAGGGCAUCACCGUGGGCUGCUGGGACCUGUACCGGCACGACAUCGACUGCCAGUGGAUCGACAUCACUGACGUCAAGCCAGGCAACUACAUCCUGCAGGUCGUGAUCAACCCCAACUUCGAGGUGGCAGAAAGUGACUUCACCAACAAUGCCAUGAAAUGCAACUGCAAGUACGACGGGCACCGCAUCUGGGUGCACAGCUGCCACAUCGGAGAUGCACUCAGCGAGGAGGCCAACAAGCGGUUUGAGCAGUACCCAGGUCAGCUCAACAACCAGAUUUCAUAGGGCCCCGGCCCUGGGGAGACCGGCAUCUCCCUCCCUCACCCCAUACGGGUGGGAGGAAGCCGCUGGGAGACCGGCAGGGAGGCCUGAUGCCCAGUGCUGCUGCCACUGUGUCCUGCCGGGGACUGCCCAGGACUCGCCACCGGCUGCCCUUCCCCACCUUGGGGGGGCUGGUGCUGGAGGCACCAACACCUGCACCUCCCAGCCUGGGGCUGCCACCCCAACCACUGGCCAGAAGACCGUGCCCACAUCCCCUGGGCUGCGGCACACGGGUACGGUCCGGGAGGUGCUGCACCCCAACUCCCACAACCCACACAGGGCCCCAGGAGCCCCUGGUCCCCCGGGGAUGGUGCAGGUGUCUCUGCCCACAGCGCUGCCCAGGGGUAGUUUCUACCCCACCUCUCAGUUGUAAUUUUAUUUCCUCUAUAAAGUUGUAAGUUCUAUUU